AUGAUGGGUAAGCGUAUGCACCAUAAUAGUAAAGGAAGAUUAAGCAGCAAAGGCCAUGAUAACGGCAAACCUUCUAGUCCUGGUGUUUCACCAUAUAAUAAGCCUUCAAAAAUACCAGGUGCUGUUUCAGCUGGUAAAACAAAAGUAGAAACAUGUCCCAUUCCAUAUAUAAGGCAGCAAGAUAAUGCGUCUACUUUACCGAGACUGGCUGCUAUCUGUGCGAGGUCUGCAGAUGAACCUAUUGGCAUGGAUGAACUUGACGCGUUACAAUUAGAGCUUGAAUCACUUUUAUGCAACACAGCACUACGGAUAAGAUACUUUCAGAGUGAAAUCGAAAGUAUUGAUACUAAUGAAUCGAAAAGGGAAAAGAAAGGUAAAGCGGCCGGGAAACAGUUGACGUACCCAAUGAAAAGAAAAUUCCAAGAUGACAAAUUAGUUAAGACCAAAGAUUAUGCUAAACUGUCCAACCAACCGAAGGUGCCGAAAUUGAAAACAUUCGGAAAUACCUCAUCUGGUGCAUCUCAAAACUAUCCUAAUGAAAACAAUGCUAACUCAGACAAUUCUGUAAAAUUAGAACUAUCACAGUUAGCCUUACCAAAGAAUAAUAUACCUUAUAAGUUUUGGAACUCUGUUGACCCUUACUGUGCACCUGUAACUCUCGAUGAUAUUAAAUUCCUUGAAUCAUUGCUAGCUCAGAGCAGCAAUACAACACUACCACCCAUUCCACCUCUCGGGAAACAUUACUCGGAAGUCUGGGCUGACGAACACCUCACAGAAGAUCAGAAUGCAUCUAAUCCGAGUAAAAUAAAAUCAUCUGGCAUGUCCCCAGAUGCAUCUAGCUUAAGAAAAAAGUUUGACAAGUCAUCAGAAAAUAUGAUUACCGGUCCAUUAACACAACGGCUUGUGUCAGCGUUGAUGGAAGAAAAUGUAAUGCCUUAUGAAGUUCCAGAUAUAAAAGUCAAACAGACGACCAACACUAGAAAUAGUUAUAAGAAUUCAUUGACUUUAGAAAAAUGUCUUAGGAAAGAACUUGUCGAGCAAGGCAUUUUGGAUCCUGAAGAUUUGCCGCCACUCACCAAUCCUGCCGAUGAUGAGAUAUUGGCAGAAAUCAAAAAAUGCCAAACUGAAUUGACGGCUGUUAGAAAAGAAAAUUGUCGAAAUCUUAAAAACCUCAUUGGUCUAUGCAAACAGGAAAUGAUAAGACUGAAUUUAAAGAAACAGCUCGAUCAAGUGGAUAUGGAAUGUAUUGAUAUAUACAAGAAGAUGGUAGCCGCUAAACAGAAGAAAAGACCUAUUACUAAGAAAGAAAAAGAUGACGCAUGGAGAGCUAUCAAUGAACAGAUUAGACUUAAUAAAGAAAUAAAUGCUUUACCUCUAACUGGCCCUAAUACAAGUUAA